GGUAUUAACAUCGAGGCACGGGGUAGGUGGAUUUGUCCCUGUCUACUCCUUGCUAUCAUGAAAGGGGGUGAUGAUAACUAGUUAUGGUUUCCUUCUUACUUAAGCGUGUGGCGAAUCCUCUUUCAGAACAUGAGACAGUCCGCGUUAUGAGUCCAUUGCCUCUUGCUGUUGAGUGGGACAGUUUUACAAAAACAAAAUAUUUGUUGAAAGCUAUUGAAAAAUGGGGUAUUCCUUUGCAAGACUGGCGAUAUCUGGCAGAACAGGAAACGGUCAAAAAGCGCGAGCCUAAAAUCAAACGGCUUCUCGAGUAUUACUACUGGAGAGGAAGAUAUCCUCCUCCAAACUUAAAGGCAAAGGGGUUGGGAAGAAGACGAAACAGCAGCGGAGACGUUGCAGGAACCCCGAGAUAUAAUCUUCGGGCAAGGAAAUCGGCGAAUUGACGCCCGGUUUUCUGAACGUGUCUGGACAACUAUAAACUUAUGUGACCUGUGACAUGUACUCCUUUGUAUUUAUCCAGUGGCAACACUACGCUAUUUACAAACAUUAAUUCCACGAUUCCGGAACCCUGACCGGCAUCGACAAAAACACCCUCCCAUCCUCACUAAGCGGCAACCUC